AUUGAGAAGUUUGGAAGAAGAAAAAAAAGGCAAAAAAAACAAAAUGGGUGAAGAAUGUCCAGGUGGCAAGAGCUCGUGGCCGGAGCUGGUGGGGAAAAGGGGUGAAGAGGCGAAAGCGAUCAUUGAGAAAGAGAAUCCGAAUGUGACGGCUGAGAUUUUAUCCGAAGAUGAAAUGAUAUUGACCGUUAUUAUAUGCACGAGGGUUGUCGUUAGGGUCAACGACUCUGGCAUUGUCGUUGGAAUCCCUAUCGUUGGUUGAUAAUAAUAACCAUAUUGUAUAUACACAUGUCGGUCCAAUCCUAUAAAUAGUAAUGUUCCAUGAAUAAUCAAUAACAUAUGUUUGUUGUAAUGUACUUGUGUAUAGUAUUUUAUGAUAACAACAUUGUAUUUAAUAGAAUAACCUCGUGUUAUUUACUGGUUAUUUAUUAUGAAGAUGAUUCUAUUAUA